AGCUACAACUACAAUCUUUAAUGGAAACCUUGAGUUCAACAGAACCUCACUACAUCAGAUGUGUGAAGCCAAAUAAUGUUCUCAAGCCCGCUAUUUUUGAGAAUGUGAACAUAAUGCAGCAGCUGCGAUGUGGUGGUGUGCUCGAAGCUAUCAGAAUCAGCUGUGCGGGAUACCCAACUAGACGCACUUUUGAUGAGUUUCUUCUCCGGUUUGGGGUUCUUGCUCCAGAAGUUUUGGGAGGAAACUCCGAAGAGAAGGUUGCAUGCCAAAUGAUUUUAGACAAAAUGGGAUUGAAGGGCUAUCAGUUAGGCAAGACAAAGGUCUUUCUACGAGCCGGUCAGAUGGCUGAGCUAGACGCAAGGAGAGCAGAGGUUCUUGGAAAUGCUGCCAGAACCAUUCAAAGGCAAAUUCAUACUCACAUUGCACGGAAGGAGUUCAUCUCAUUGCGCCGAGCGGCCAUUCAAUUGCAGUCAUGUUGGCGAGCUAUUGCGGCUUGCAGACUUUAUGAGCAAUUGCGUCGUGAAGCCGCAGCUCUAUAUAUUCAGAAAACUUUCCGAUGUUACAUUGCUUGGAAGUCCUACUUAACCUUGCUGGAUUCUGCUAUUAUAUUGCAAAUGGGCAUGCGAGCAAUGUCUGCUCGAAAUGAAUUCAGAUUCAAGAAGCAGACCAAGGCUGCAAUAAGAAUUCAGGCUCAUGUUCGUUUGCACAGAGAUUAUUCUUACUACAGAAGUCUUCAGAAGGCUGCUAUUGUUACUCAAUGUGGUUGGAGGCAACGGGUUGCUAAGAAAGAGCUCCGAAAGCUCAAAAUGGCUGCGAGGGAAACAGGAGCCCUCAAAGAAGCAAAAGACAAGUUAGAAAAGAAAGUAGAGGAGCUUACAUGGCGCUUACAGUUCGAGAAACGAUUGAGGAGUGAGUUGGAAGAGACAAAAGCACAAGAAAUUGCAAAGUUACAGGAGGCAUUGCACUCAAUGCAAAUACAAGUAGAAGAAGCAAAUGCUAGAGUAAUAAAAGAACAAGAGGCAGCACGAAAAGCAAUUGAAGAAGUUCCUCCAGUUGUUAAAGAGACCCCAGUUAUGGUUCAAGACACGGCAAAGAUUGACGCAUUAACAGCUGAGGUAGAGAGUUUGAAGGCCUUGCUGCUACCAGAAAAACAGGCUGCCGGAGAGGCUAGAAAAGCUUGUGCUGAUGCUGAGGCCAGAAAUAUGGAUCUGACUCAAAAGCUUGAAGAAGCAGAAGGAAAAGUUCAUCAGCUUCAAGAAUCUGUACAGAGGUUUGUAUCCAUAAAUUGGAAAUUAGAAUUCAAUGAGAAUUAUUUUUCUUAUCCACUAUAUAGGAGGGAACCUACCACCCAUCUCGUCUGUGUUCCUGAGGCUUCCUUUUUGUGAUUAUCUGUACUUAAU